AUGAGCUCAAGUGAUCCUCAAUUUCAUGCAGAACAUGAAGCUCAGAGACUAAACGAAGAGACUGUGGACAUAAUAGACGAAGUCAGAAAUCUGAAAGCCCAAGGAAUAACAGACGCAAAUUUACAAGAAACAAAAGAAAAAUUUCAACAAUUAAUUGAACAAAACAAAGAACUUGCAAAAGAAAGAAAGGAAAUAACAGAAGAACUUAAACAAAAUUUGGUCAUUUUACUUAAUUUGAAAGUAUUAUUUGGAGAUAUUAAUUUAACAACUAAAUUACUCAAUAACACUGAGGAUAAAAUCAUUGAAAAGCUACCAAAUUAA